UUGUAUUUAUUGGAGACAAUAGGGUAGGCAAAACGAGCUUGCUCAUCACCUAUACGACACAAAAAUAUCCGGAGAAUUUGUACAUUCCUGCAGUGUAUGAAUCGUAUGCAACAAUUCGUCAGGUUGAUGGCAGAAAUGUUUGCCUGUCGCUGUGGGACACUGUGGGCGGAGAAGAGUGCGAUCGUCUACGCCCACUCGUGUACCCACAGACCGACGUCUUUGUGUUGUGUUUUAGCGUAGCUGAUCCGUCUAGUUAUGAACACGUUAGAACAAAGUGGUAUCCAGAAACAGCGCAUCAUUUCCCAUCCGCUCCUAUCUUGCUAGUGGGUACCAAGAUUGAUUUACGAGAUGACGCCGCGACAGUGGCCCUGUUACACGAUCGACGGAUCACGAUGUUACAGCAUCAUCAAGGGUAUGCGAUGGCCAAAGACAUUGGUGCGGUUUGCUAUAUGGAGUGCUCUGCUCGAGCAGGCUACGGAGUUCAAGAUGUAUUUGAGGAAGCGAUGAGGAUUGCAGCUAAUCCUUCUGCCAGACGUGUGAGGGCUACGCACACAAAGUGUGUUAUCACAUAA